GGGGCAUUUGUUUACCUUUUUGUAUCUUAAUUUUAAACAAUGCCGCGUCUUGAACCAAGUGAAAUACACCAACGACAAUACGAUUUUAUUAUUGUGGGCGGCGGUACGGCUGGUUGUGUCUUAGCCAACCGAUUAUCCUCUUGUGGUAAAUAUACCGUGCUCGUUUUGGAAGCAGGCAGUGUGACACAAGAAGAUUCACUUGAAGUGCAGAUCCCGUUACUGAAUGGCAAAUUGAAAAAUACACCUUCUGAUUGGCAAUUAAAGUCUGUUGACCAAAAAAAUGCAAAUGACCGUACCAUUCCUGUGCCUCUUGGCAAAUUGUUAGGAGGGUCCAGUGCCUUCAAUGCUUGCAUUUUGCAUCGUUGUUCGCCCUCGGAUUAUGAUGCAUGGAAUACUGAAGGAUGGUUCUAUGAGGAUUUAAAGGGCUAUUUCCGUAAAGCAGAAACAUUUCAUGAUGAUGCAGUAGAUGUGGACGAAUCUGUACAUGGUGUAAACGGUCCUUUGCAUGUAUCUCACAUGAAUAAAACCACAACUCUUGGUACUCAAUUUACAAAAGCAUGUCAAAAUUACGGACUUAAAGAGUAUCGUGAUAUGACUGACUUAAAGUGUCAAAUUGGCGUAACUGGUAUGGAUGGUACCAUUUAUCAAGGUCAACGUUCUUCUACUGGCAUAAGCUACCUCCCCACGGACAUUCAAAACAACAGACCUAACCUGUUCAUUGGUCUUGGAUGCAAGUUAGCACGCAUUGUUGUAAAGGACAACAUAGUCUCGCAUGUAGAAUAUACCGCUACUGGCCAGGAUGAUGUCUACACCGUAACUGCAGAUCGUGAAGUGAUUUUAUCUGCUGGUGCUAUUUUAUCUCCCUUAUUGUUACUGUUGAGUGGUAUUGGUCCUAAAGAAGAACUGGAACAGCGGUGUAUAGAAGUUCAAGCUGAUUUACCUGGUGUAGGUAAAAACCUUCAGAAUCAUUGGCGAUUACCUAUUGUUCAUGAAACUACUCGACCUGAAAUGUCUUUACAUCGUGGUUUGUUUAAAGAAGCCAAGGAAUCAUUGAAUAGGGCUAUCAAUUCAAAAGAUGGUGCUUUUACACAAUUAUGGCCUGAUGCUGUAGCAUACAUGAAAAUUCCGGAUGCGCCUGACAAUAGCAGUAGUGUUGAAAAUACUCCGCAAAUUGAAUUAUUCACGGGUGGAUUAGCGCUAUGUCGCGAGCUGCCAAAUUUGAAAGAUACCGAUUGUGCAACAUUACUAAUGGUAUAUAUCACUCCGUUUUCAAAGGGCUCUGUUACAUUGACAAAUGAGAAGGAAGCUUGUGUUGAUCUGGGACUCUUGCAGGAUGAAAGAGAUUUGGAGUGUUUAGAAAAAGGGUUAGCUGUAUCUAUGCAAAUUGCUAAUGAUGCUGAAUAUAAGGACCAUUGCAUUAAGCGAUGGCUUAUGUACCCUGAGACAGACGUCAAACAAUAUAUCAAAACACAUGUUGAUACACUCCAUCAUUAUGCAGGCACUUGCAAGAUGGGACCAAAAGAAGACAAAUUUGCUGUAGUUGACAGCCAUUUAAGGGUACACAAUGUCAAGGGUAUUCGUGUGGUAGAUGCGUCAUUUUUCCCCAUUGUUCCUGCCGGUCAAAUUUGCUUUCCCGUUAUUGCGUGCGCUGAACGUGCGUCAGAUAUCAUACUUGAAGAUUGUAAAUAAACAAAACAUCUUGGGUACAAGAUAUAAGUUUUUUAUUUAAAA